AUGGUAGCUUCACGUAGUUGGCUGUUGGGCCUUAUCGUAGCUCUGCUUUGCACUGGAUCGUUCAAGGAUUCUGUGCAGGCUGAAGAAAGACUGCAAAGUGAGGAAGCCGAGGUGCUGAGGGGUCUGAACCCUACUGGAGGUGAGAAAGAUGAGGUGGCUGAUGAGGAGGAAGGUGGAAAUAUAUCUGAAGAAGCUGAUAAAGAUGCAGGAGGAGAUGGGGAAACAGAGGAAGCUGAAGAUGAGGACGAUGGAAAGGAAGCUUCUGAGGAAGAGGAGACAACUAAGGAGGAAGAAGCAGCUGAGGCUGAAGUGGAAGACGCUGAGGAAGAGGAGGAGGCAGAAAAAGGAGCAGAUGAAGAGGAAGUAGCAGAGGAAGAUGACGAGGCAGAAGGAGUAGAAGAUGAAGAGGAAGAGGUAGAAGAAGCAGAAGAGGAGGAUGAGCAGAUGGCGGUAGAUGUAGAAGAAGAAUUAGCAGAAGAAGAGGAAUCAGCACAACAGACAACAGAGGAAGAAGAAACAGCAGCAGAGGAUGAGGGAGCACCAGGUGAGGAAGAGGAAGAGGCAGAUGGGGAAAAGGUAGCUGCUAAUGAAGAUAAUGAGGAGGCUGGAGAUGGGGAAGAUGAAGAGACCAUCGUUGAAGCUUCCUACUCUAUCUCUGUCCGCCUCUCUCUUUCUUCUCAGCACUGCGGUACCUGUGACAAAUGUCCCUGUGAGGAAGGAGACACGUCAGCACACUGCAAUCACUGUGACGAUUGUUCCUACUGUUACAUUUGUCCUGUGAUCUGUGAAACAGUCUGCCAGCCAGGUAGGAUUCUUGAUGUGCUGAGUGGUUCUCUCUACCACACGGUGAACACGUUGCUCUGAAUACUUUCAGCAUUCUUCACAGCGCCACAGGUGAACAGAGGAACUACAGACUAGCGUUCAAAUCAUUCACUUGUAGACCUGUCUAUUUGGCUGGCGAGAUCUGGGGAUUUUCACUCUGAGGCCAGUGAUGGGAGUGGACAACCUAUCUUAAAUAUAACUGAGGAACGGUCAGG